AUGGUGAUAGAUUUUACAACCCCAACCCCAUUAAGGCAAUUUCAACUUGAAAUUGAUGGCCAAGUGUUAUAUGUGAACGCCCAUUACCUAGCAGAGAUCUCACCCUACUUUGAAGCUUUAUGCUUUGCCAACUUCAGAGAACAUGAAGACAACAAAGUCGAGUUGGAAGAUGUUGACUUUGAAGACAUGCUUGAGGUGCUACGAGUGGUUUGUCCUGAUGAAAAUUAUGAAUUCGAACAGAGAAUAACCGGUAGGUUCCUUAGGUUAUAGUAGUUUGAAGUUUAGAGUUGCCUAGCCGAGCCUUAGCUUUAGCCCUAACCUGAGCUCGAGCCCUUGCCUUGCUUUGCCUUGCCUUGCCUUGUUUUGCCUUGUUUUGGCUUGCCUUGCCUUGCCUUGCCUUGUUUACCCCUACUUCUACUACGUAACCUUUUUUGCCCUGCCCUACCUUGUGACACUAAUUUAGCCAUGCCCAACAUAAGCCUUCUUUUAGAUUUGCCCUAGCUCUCUUCUGCCCUGCCCUGCCUAUAUAUACUUUUAUCUUGGCUUAGCCUUUCUUCAUCUAUAUUUUUCUCCCAGCCAUACCUUACUUAUGUAACAGCCCACCCCAAAAAAUAAAAUUUCGUUGUUUCAGCCCAAAACAUCCCCUCCCUAAUCUACCUCUCCAGUCGGUUAUUACUCCAGAACCUUCGAAGAGAUCUAGAAGCUACACUACAAUCAAAUCCAUUAUUAGAUGAUCCAGAUGUCUCAACCCAAAGUCUAGUACUAAUCCUAGGCGAAGCAGUUUUAGCCGAAUUUUCAGAAAUGUCAAUCUCACAAAUGUGUCGAAAGCUGGGGAAAAGAAGCAAGGAAGAAGCCUUCAAACUGGUAGAAACUUUAUUUCCACCUGCCUUCGCCGUUCAACUAACUGAACGGCUUCAGAGCUAUGUAGGUAUUGAUAUCUAUGUUAAUAUAGGUCAUAACUUUUUGAACAGAAAAAAUUUUAAAAAUCUGGUUGCAACAUCUGAUAAAGCAUGGCAAAUUUCAUACCUAAAAUUUUUUUUAUUAAAAAAUUAAAAUUAGACUAAAAGUUAUAUUAAAAAUGGCAAUUUCAGUACUACCAACAGCCAAUGUGUCAAAAAGAAACGCCUCACAAUUGGAAUGACAGUGUUUAUAUGCGUUUGUUCUUCUAA